ACCAUCCCCACUCAAUUAGCAGCUCAGCUUCAUUCAUCACCCACCUUCCCCUCGCCACUCCCCCACUCAUCUCACGAGCAAAUCCAAGAACAAGAGGAUCAUCAAGCGGUGGUGGUUCUGAGGAUCCCGACCGCCCAUGGAGAAGUGCAGGUCGGUGCCGCACGAUCACUCGUCGGCGUACUACGGCUGCGGCGGCGGGUACGACUACGAGGACGUCGGCGGCGGCGGCGGCGCCGGGCAGGGCAAGUCGUACAGCUUCAACGGGCCGAGCGCCCGCGAGGACCCGGAGGCGAAGCGGCGGCGGAGGGUGGCGGCGUACAACGUCUUCGCCACGCAGGGCCGGAUCAAGACCACCGUCCGCAGCAGCGUCAAGUGGCUCAAGUCCAAGUUCUCCGACAUCCGCUACGGCGGCCUCUGAAGCAUGAACCCACUGCAAAUCCGUAAUCCCACACCCCACAUACAUGAUAUAUAUAUUAUAUAUGAUGCUCAUAUGCAUCUGCACGCAGAAGAAGUUGUAUGCAUGCUAAGAUAGUUGCUGCAUAUAUGGAGGUACUGUGUACAUGCUAUGUUUAUGUAGGCAUGUGUGCAUGUAUGAACUGUGUAUGUGUGUCAUCUCAGGUUACUGUGUGCCUGCUUUUCUAGAUCUGUCUGUGUGUUCUCGGUUUGCUAUGUGAGGAAAGAAAUGGUGGUUGUACUCUGCUUGAAUGUUAAAUCUGCAAAUCAAGUUGUACCA